AUGAAAAGUAUCUCCGAACUCUACUUGGCUUUCAACGAAAUCACCGACUUGAGUCCAUGUUUAAGUCUAGUCCUUCUUGAGGUACUAGACCUAGAGGGGAACCUCGUAGGAAAUAGGGAGAAUCUAACUUACCUGAAAACAUGUAGCAAAUUGUCAACACUAACGCUCGAGGGCAACCCUAUCAUCGGUAGCUGCGGUGGCGUGAAAGUAAGUUACACUUAUGAAAAGAUAUCGUUACAGGGUUACAGAGAGCUCGUUCGGAAAACUCUGCCACAAGUUCGUGUGCUGGAUGAUUCUCCAGUCGAGGACCCAGCUAUUAAUAAAGUUACCUACGAUGUAACGGAUUUUGAUAAUGAAUGGAAGUAUAUUAACGAUGUUCUCAGGGAGGUUGGUCUAAUAUCCGAUGGACAGAUGAAAUCAGCUGAAAAAGACAACGAACAAUGCAAAGCCAUACAACCUUCAGCACCAUCAUCCACUGCCCCGAACCCGGUAAUUUAUCCUGGACGGCCUGGAAGUGGGAUACGACCGAGUUCGGCACAGAAGCGCCUGAGGUCGGUAAAAGCAGGGCGAACGGAAUCACCGAAUCUCCCUCAAGCUUCAUCGAUCUCAUUGCGUCCAGCAUCGAGUUCAUCCCAAAUCACGGAAACCGAGGUUCCAUCUGAGAGUGAUGAAACAACUUCAGAGUUAACCACGGGUCAAGUUGUAUGCGGUGGCAUUAGCGGGGCACUUCGUACUCGGCGGGGUUCACUGAGAGCCAGACCAACUGACGUACAGAACAGCGUGGCCAAACUCGAUCAAGGUCCCCCAAGGAAUAGAAAGAAAGGUGUGAUGAAGAAAAAGGAAACAUCCGGAGAGGAGUUGGAGAAGAGUCGAGACUAUGGAAAACUGAAAGCAACCAGGGAGCUGGCACGGAAACAACGUACGAAGAUCAAAGACCCAGCAUCACUCGCCAUUUUAGAAGAAGAAGAUGCCUUGGAAGCCGAAUGCGAAUCGGUGCUUAAUGAACUUGCUGCUUGGCGGAAACAAAACAUAAAACCGCAGAUGUUUCACACAAGGAAGAAUGGCAUACAGGUCUCUAAGAACCGUCCUAACAACACCGAAAAUGAUGCAGUCCUCAUGUCAACAGAUAGCGAAAGUACCCUCGAUGACCGCAGUGGAGCCAGUCAAACAUCUGCCCGAAGUAGAAGGCUUUCUUCCCCAGAGUCCUCUCAACAUUCCAUUCCCCCUUUUGAACAAAUCGACGAAAAGCCACAAGAUAGAUGGAUGUCUGAUGAGGGCGUGGCGAAGUUGAAUGGUGACAACGCCAUGCCAGGUUUACUGCCGUCCUCACGGCUGUCCAGCUUGUCGUCUAGCAUAUCUCGACCAUUCAACCAGGCGAAGAAAGGGAUCGGUUCUUUUCCUGUUCGCACACCUCUGGCCCACUCCGGACUGAAAAUUCCGGUGGGAACAGAAGAACCACUACCUGGACAAAACCCAUCUCUACAACCACAGACGAUAGUGAGUCGACGUCCCCCGGUUCGACCACCAUUCCCCCAAAUGAUUCAAACGUUUUCGAGCAACGGAAUUAAUCGAAUUUCCAAAACGCAUGAACAGCCAGUAGCCGGAGCCCCUAAAGCAAUGCCUUCGUUGAAUUCAUACAGACCUCGCCUUGGACUAUCAACCCAAAUCGACGGCAGGAGUAUGGUACAUGUUGCCGGCGAUGAUGGAAAAUCUCAAGCCAACCUAAAUCCCACUACUGGACCUACUAAUCCCAUGACCAAACUCGGUUCGAAACCUUCGGUAGUGCGGUCGGACAUCAACACUACGCGGCUCGCUACCAGACUACCGAACAGAACUUCAAGUACUCUGCCUUCAAGACCUUCAGUUCAACGUGAUAGCUUCUAGAAGGCUCAUGCCUGGUGGCUAUAGGAUUAGUGUACAGAAUUAUCACAGACGCCCCGUAAAAACUACGAAUGUUCAAUUAUCAUCUGAAUCCAUCUGAUAUAUGGUUUCAUUUUUGAACUAAUAAACACG